AUGUCGAUUACAAAAGCCCUCGCAGUCUUUGCGCUCCUCGGCUCAUCUCUCGCCCUACCAGACAAAUUUAGACAUAACCAUGUUCGUGCUUCACAGUGCACACCAGCAACAGGUGGAUCUGCUUCAAUCGACGAUGUUCCCGCUAUCGCAUCGGCAAUCGCCUCAUGCGGCAAGGGAGGCACUAUUGUUAUCCCCGCCGACAAAACCUACUACCUGAACAGCCCACUGGACUUUGCGGGAUGUGUUGGCUGUGACUUCCAGCUAGAAGGCACCUUGAAAUUCAGCUCGUCGACAAAUGUCUGGAAGGGACAAACAGCAAUGAUCAAUAUCAAGAAUAUUGAUGGACUUAGACUCCGGUCUGUGACAGGCACAGGAGUCAUAGACGGAAAUGGGCAAAAUGCAUGGGACCUUUUCGCCAAAGACAGCAGCUACCGCCGCCCAACCCUCCUCUACAUCACCGGCGGCUCUAAUAUCGAGGUCUCAAACCUCCGCCAAAAGAACCCACCCAACGUCUUCAAUUCCAUCAAGGGCGACACCAAGACCGCGAAAUUCCUCAACCUAAAAAUGGACGCCAACUCUAAAAGCGACAAUGAGCCGAAGAACACAGACGGCUUCGAUAUUGGCGCCAGCACGGACGUGACCAUCAGCAACGUUCACGUUCAGAACGACGAUGACUGCGUGGCAUUCAAGCCCGGUGCGGACGGCGUCACAGUCAGGGACAUUACAUGCACCGGAAGCCAUGGACUAUCGGUGGGAUCGCUGGGCAAGAGUGCCAAGGACUUCGUGAAGAAUGUGUACGUGUCCGGCGCGACGAUGAUUAAGUCGACCAAGGCAGUGGGUAUCAAGACGUAUCCCACUGGUAACGGCCACGCCAUGUCGACAGUGAGCAAUGUUACCUUCACCGAUAUUGUGGUUGAUGGGUGUGACUAUGCAAUUCAGAUCCAGAGUUGCUAUGGAGAGGAUAAGGAUUACUGUGUGAAGAAUCCUGGAGAUGCGGAUUUGACGGACAUUGUUUUUGACAAGAUUAGUGGGAAGACUAGCGGAAAGUAUAAAGCUGUUACGGGCAGUCUUUCUUGUGGAGCUCGUGGGACUUGUGAUGUCAAGGUUAGCGCUUAUACUGUUGCGGCGCCAUCUGGGGGUGGUGAGGUGCAGUGUGCUAAUACCCCGUCGAAUUUGGGAGUGAACUGCACCCCAGGUGCCUCGGGCUGA